AUGAGUUUUCAACUCUCACGUGAACAAUUUCGCACUAUGAUUUUAUAUGAUUGGAAAAUUGGCUUAACAUACAAGGAUAGCCAUGCCCGUUUGGUGCAAGCAUGGGGGAAGCAAGCACCUUCUGAUCACACAGUCUUCAAUUGGUUUCGUGAAUUUCAACGCGAUAAUUUUAGUGUUCAAGAUGCUCCACGUUCAGGUCGUCCUUCAACAUCUGUUAAUGAACAAACAAUUGAUGCUGUACGAAAAAUAAUUGAAGAUGAUCCUCAUUCGACGUAUCAGCAAAUAGAAAAUAUAUUGGGUAUCAGUUCCACAGCAAAUAAUUCGAUUAUUCAUGAUUAUUUAAAUCUAAAAUUCUACCAUUAUGAUCCCGAAUUAAAAGAACAACCAAAAGUUUGGAUGUCAACAACUGAUCCACGUCCAACCAAAAUUCAUCGAACCAAAAGUGCCGGGAAAAGAAUGGCGGCUAUUUUUUUCAUGAAAUCCGGUCUAAUUAAGUCUGUUCCAUUAGAAACAGGUACAACAGUGAACGCAAGCUGGUAUGUCAAUACAUGCUUACCACAAGUUUUCAAAGCUGUAUCUGAACGAAGAGAAACACGAGGUCUUCGAGGUCUCAUCUUUCAUGACGAUAAUGCAAGGCCGCAUCGAGCUUGGAUUACGAACGAAUUUUUGCUGGAAAAUCAUGUAGAACAGUAUCCAAAUCCACCAUAUUCUCCAGAUUUAAGUCCUUAUGGCUUCUUCUUUUUCCCGAAGCUCAAGAAUCAGUUACGUGGUAUUCGGUUUAACGACGACAACGAAAUGUUAACUGCUUUACAACAAGCCAUUGACAGUCUCACGAAAGAAGACUGGUUUAUUCGAAUGCAUAAAUGCAUUGAUACUGAAGGACAGUACUUUGAAAAAAUUAAUUAA